AUGCAAAAGUGUAAAAUUUGUGACAGUACAGAUUUUUACAAAGAAGCUGGCUACUUUUUCUGUCAAAUAUGUCAAACGCAAAACGAGGAUAUUAGAGAAGAGAUUCUUGAAUUACACAUAGAUAAUUCAACUAGAUUACGAAAGACAAAAAUAAGACAAUUAAAAUCAAAUAAAUCAGGUGAGGAACUUGGAUGGACAUCAUGGGAACUAUAUAAUUUUGUUUUAAUUGGAUUAACAAAUGAAUUAAUAGAACUUGGAAUUCCAUCCGAAAUAAAAUUAACAAUAUUACAAUUAUGGGCAACAUAUUUAGGCAAGAUUGAGGUAGCAUUUAUAUCAACUAAGAAAAAAUGUUUGCCAAAAUUAGCUAGAAGAUAUAAAAGGAGGGAUGCUGAAAUUAUUUAUGGCAAAGUACAAUCCCAAAAGAAAUACAGAAAACGCAAAAGAACUGGGAGUAGUACAAAUACUUCUGUAAUAUCAAGUGGUCAAAGUGAGACUAGUUCUAUGAGAGAAUUACAAAAAAAUAAAAGGCUUUUAGCAACAGCUGAAUACGAUAGAUAUCUCCAGUCUCAAAAUAGUUCUUUAGGUGAUGGUGUUAGUUCAUUUAGUCAAAGUAUAUAUAGUUUUCAAUCUAGUUCUGUCAAAUCUUCAGAUAAUGAUGGAAAAGUACAAUUUAGUUCUCAUGCCAAAAAAGAAGCAAGAAAAAUUAAAAAAUUAUCUAAAAAUAUACCUAGGUCUGAAAGAAUUAAAUAUAGGGCCAAGCAUAUAAGUAAUCAGUAUAAAAUGGGACCUCAUAUAAUAACACCUAUGCGAUUAUGGGCAAUUAUAUAUUUAGCUUUGAGAAUUCAUGAUCAACCUAUACAAUUAGGAGAUAUGUUAAGAUAUGGGAAAGAAGGACAUUUAUCUUAUUAUAAAUUGGAUCAUUUGUUGCCACCAGAAGUAAAUUUAACAGCUAAUGAAAGAAACUUCUUAAGACAAAAUGUUGAAAUUACACAUAAAGGAAUGAGACGAAUUAUUGCGAGUAUGGCAAAAUUUCUUGGUGUAUGGGAUAUAAUUUGCCCAGAUUUUUUAUCUUUAAUUAAGAGAUAUUGUCAAGAAUUAGGAUUACCAAGGGGCAUCCAAUUAUAUACAGAAAGAUUAAUAGCUUUAUCACCUCCUAAAAUGAUAUUUAAUAUAAAAAAAUCAUAUGUUCCAAAUUAUGAAGGUCGUGCAAUUGCAUUUAUUAUAGUAGUAUUGAAAACUUUGCUUGGUUUAGAUGGUAUAACUGAAUAUUAUAUCAGUCGAAUUGCAGAAAAAAUCAAUAGCAUAGCUAUUGAACGUGGUUUAUUGAAUGAAAAACUUUUUAAUUUUCAAGAAUGGCAAAGAUAUAUUGAAUGUAGAAAAACAAUUUUAUCUCGUGUACAUUAUCCAACUAAAAUGAAAUAUUAUCCCGACUUAGAUGGAAUCGACGAUUUAUAUUUAAAAUUCUUAGAAUUUAUAACUUCUAAAUCAAAUAAAAAUGAAGUAAAUAUAAAAAAUACCAAACAUUUUUUACCAGAAGAACUUAUUAAUGGCAUGAGAAAACAUAUAACUAGCUUAAAUAUUAACGAUUUAUUACCAAAGACAGUAGAUAUAUUUCCACCAUCUCUAACUCCGCUUUAUUCAUAUUUGCAAUGUUUAUUAGAUGAUCCACUCAAUGAUAUUCCUAAUAUAUUGCAAAAAGAUUUUUUUCUUACAAAAGUUGGAUACAUGACAAAAUCUGAAUCCUUAAUAGAAUUAGCAAUGAAAUGUGACAUAGAAUUAGAAAUAAUUGAUUCAAAUAUACAUUUUGUUGAAAAAAAUGUACCUCAAUUUGAACAACCUAGAAUGCCAAGUAUAGAAGAACUGAAACAGCUCGUCGAUGUACAAGAUGACUUAAAAGACCAACAUGAAUUCGGAAGCGAAAAUGUGAAUGAAUAUUUACAUGCUAAAAUACCAUGUACCAUGAAAUUCGAUGCCAUUAAAAAACAGUAUUAUGACAAUGUAAUCAAAGAUUUAGAAAGCGUACAUAUAGGGAAUAAUUUUACAUUUACCGAAAUUCUUCCGAAUGGGAAACUAGCAAUUCCUACUGAUAGUGAUACUGAAGACGAAAAAGAAAUUUCUAAUUAUACUAAUAAUAUAGAUUCAGAAACUAUGUUUUUAGAAAAAAAAAUGUAUGACAAGUACAAUUUACAAUUAUCACAAACAGAAAAAGAGUCUAUUUUUAAAUCGAAUACAAUGAAGAAAGUACGAUCUAAAAUUCAACUUGAACGAAACGCUAAAGGUCAAUUUAUCAAAAGAAAUGCUUUAUCCAUAAAUAUUGAAAAAAAUGAUGAUGAUUUUCUUUCAGAUACAGAGAAUAUAAAUUUUCACAAUAGUAUACAAACAAACGUAGCAAAUGAAAUAUAUUCCAAUGUUAAAAAUAGCGAAGAGGAAUUAUUUUUGCCUGAAUGUAUUAGCAUUAAUGAUAUCAAUAUUGAUAAUAUAGAUUUAAAAAGUGAUACUUUUAAUAUAAAUGAUUAUUUGAAUCUAAGUGAUAUUACAUUUUUUAACGAUAUUGACAAGAAAGAAAGUAUAGCGCAUAAGAAAUAUCAAUUUUUUAGACCAUUUAAAGACUAUUGGAUGUAUCAUUGUAUUUUUAGUCGUGUAAAAUCUAAAAAUUUUACCAUAUUUGAAAAAGUUUUACCACGAACUUUUCGUUGGUUGUUAAAUGAAUGUGCACUUAUUGUGGAAAUGUCUACGGAAGAUUUAUAUGAAGAAAUAUGUUUAAUAGAAAGUUAUCAUUCAUAUGUUUUAAAAUCUUGUACAUUCAAAAAUAAUAAUUGUAACAAUGUAGAUACAAUAUCUAAAAGUCAAUUGAAUUUUAUUUUAAAUAAAUGGUAAAAAAAAACGUGCCGAACAAAAUUUUAUAUUGAUUGUA